UUGUGUGCUCCUACAGCUGUUAUGCUAAUUUCCAUAAUGUCUCCACUGGUGAUGUUCAUCCUCCCGGUCAUAGUUCCAGGUCUACAUGCUCUGCCUACAGGACAGAAAUACAAGGUUGUCAUUCCACAGCAAAUCCAUGCACUGUACAAAAGUGAUACUCAGGACCAAUACCCACAUGUGGUUAAGUAUGAAUUACAGAUUGAAGACAAACCUCUGGUUAUACACCUGGAGAGGAAUGAGGAACUGGUAGCUGAUAGAUAUAUGGAGACAAGCUAUGAUCAGGAUGACAGACCGAUAAUGAUAAGCCCUCAGGGGAACAUAAAGGAUCACUGUCACUAUCAAGGCUAUGUUGAAAAUGACAACCAAUCAAUGGUCAGCAUCAGCACCUGCUCUGGGUUAAGUGGGCUCAUCCUGACACAAGGCCGGAGAUAUUUAAUUGAACCACAGAACCUGGCAGAGGGAAUGCAUGUUGUAUAUGAGGAAGAAGAAGAAGAAGAAGAAGAAGAAGAAGAAGAAGAAGAAGAAGAAGAAGAAGAAAACCCCAAAGCCUGUGCAGUGACAGAUGGACAUUGGGAGGGAUCGGUGUUGGCUCAGUGGGUGUUACCUACUCCUAAUCAGGAAGAAAUUGACCAUCUUCUGAAUGUACAAAAGUUUGUAGAACUGGUUGUGGUUGCUGAUAUAUCAAUGUAUCAUAAAUAUGACAAUAAUACGAAAUCUGUGAAAGACAGAGUAUUUGCAAUGGUUAAUGUCAUGAAUUUGGAUUACAAGAUGUUAAACAUUUCUGUGGUUCUUGUUGGGCUUGAGAUCUGGGAUACCAAGGAUCAGAUUGAAGUAAGCACUAAAGAUGGACUUACUUUGUCAAAGUUUUCUACAUGGAGAAAGGAAAAGUUAUUGCCUAGAAUAGCACAUGACAAUGCUCAAUUUAUCACGUAAGUCUUUGAUUGCAGAUAUAAUCCGGUUGUCAAAU